CGCGCAGGCGCAGUGGGAUCUUCAGUCGUUAGUGGGGUAAAGGUGAGCAGCGAGACUGCAAACAACAACACUGGACUACUUCAUCACACAGCGGACUAACGUUAAAGCUACUUCUGCUGUGCGUGGAUCCUGUAAGAUAAAGUCAACAUAUCCUGAAGAAGGGGAAAGAAAUGGCUAAUCACUUAUCAGAGUCUCUGCCAGAGCGGACUUUCCAGCACCAAAGCAGCCUGCCACCCCUGCCCGUCCCGUCACUAGAGAUUAGCCUUUCCAAGUACCUGGAUGCAGUUCGUCCAUUUGCAUCUGAGACAGAGUUUAAGGCUACAGCGGACAUUGUGAAGAAAUUUCAAGAGGGUGUUGGCAAAGAGCUGCACCUCAAACUACUGCAGAGAGCCAGGACAAAGAAGAACUGGCUGGAAGAAUGGUGGUUAGAUGCUGCAUAUCUGGAGGUCCGCAUCCCCUCCCAGCUGAAUGUGAACUUUGGCGGCCCAGCGCCCUACCUAGAGCACUGCUGGCCACCUGCAGAGGGAACUCAUCUGCAGAGGGCCAGUAUUAGCACAUGGUAUACACUACAGUACUGGAACCUGAUCCGCACUGAGAUGCUGGCUCCUCAGAAAGCUGGCAAAACACCAUUAGAUAUGGACCAGUUCAGAAUGCUGUUCUGCACGUGCAAAGUACCUGGAGUAAAGAAGGACACCAUUCAUAACUACUUUAAGACAGAGCGUGAGGGUCCGUGCCCCUCCCAUUUGGUAGUGAUGUGUCGUGGACGGAUCUUCACAUUUGACGCACUCUGUGACGGACAAAUCCUCACUCCUCCAGAACUAUUAAGGCAGCUGAGCUAUGUGAAAGAGCGCUGUGAGGGAGAGCCAGAGGGAGACGGUGUGGCUGCUCUCACCUCAGAGGAGAGGACUCGCUGGGCAAAGGCCAGGGAGCAUCUAAUAAGCAUUGAUCCACACAAUAAGACCAUCCUGGAGACCAUCCAGAGCAGCCUGUUCGUCAUAUCUCUGGAUGAAACGAAACCCUACUCCACUCCAGAGAACUACACAAAUAUGACCCUGGAAGCCCUUUCAGGCAACGCCACCAUCCGCUGGGGUGACAAAUCGUACAAUUCAAUCGUGUUCUCCGAUGGCACUUUGGGAUCCACUUGUGAUCAUGCACCGUAUGAUGCCAUGGUACUGGUGUCUAUGUGUUGGUAUCUGGACCAGCAAAUUAAAGCUACAGAAGGCAAAUGGAAGGGCUCAGACGCAGUCAGACCUAUACCCCUUCCAGAGGAGCUGGUGUUUACUGUGGACGAAAAAGUCAGGAGUGACAUCAGCCACGCCAAACAGCAGUACCUGGAGUCGACACAAGACCUGCAGGUUGUGUGUUACGCCUUCACAGCGUUUGGAAAAGCAGCCAUCAAACAGAAGAAGCUGCAUCCAGACACUUUUGUUCAACUAGCAAUGCAGUUGGCCUACUACAGAAUACACAAAAAGCCAGGAAGUUGUUAUGAGACAGCAAUGACUCGCAAGUUCUACCACGGCAGGACCGAGACGAUGCGACCCUGCACCCAGGAGGCUGUGAAGUGGUGUGAAGCCAUGAUGGACCCCACGUGCGAUGUUAAUGCCAAGAGGAAAGCCAUGCUGCUGGCCUUCAGUAAACACAACAAACUGAUGGCUGAAGCCCAGGAAGGAAAAGGUUUUGACAGGCAUCUUCUUGGGCUGUAUCUUAUUGCCAAAGAGGAGGGACGUCCCACUCCAGAACUCUUCAUGGAUCCCCUCUAUGCGAAGAGUGGUGGUGGUGGUAACUUCGUGCUGUCGUCCAGUCUGGUGGGCUACACCACAGUUCUGGGGGCCGUGGCUCCCAUGGUGCACCAUGGCUAUGGCUUUUUCUACCGCAUAAGAGAUGACAGGAUUGUGGUCUCCAUCUCAGCGUGGAAAUCUUGCCGUCAGACAGAUGCAGCGACACUAUUUAACAGCUUCUGUAGCUCCAUGCAUGAGAUUCUCUACCUGACCACCACCUCUCAGCUAUAAGUGCUCACACCAACAUACAAAGUAGCUAAACACAGGCUAAUUUACCUUUUACCUCUCAGCACUGAAUAUUAAUGCACACACAGUUCACAAACCCUCAGUUAAUAGCCGACAGCUAGCGAUAGUCAUGUUUGUUCUCAGCACAGAUCAAUGCAAAGGUACAGACUCAGUACCUAUCUGUAUCUUAGUGUAAAUUAUUCUUUUGAGUGUAUAUAUUUGUCCUGAUUCUCUGAUUUUCAUGAUUGUAGUAUACUAGUAAUAUUUUAUUGAGAAUGUUUAAUUGUAAAUGCUGUAUUAAUCCACAUUUAAGUUAAGAUUAUGCUAAAGCUCAAUACCUUUUUUCAAUUAUGUUUGUCUCCAGGAGGUAAAGAUUCAAUACAAGAAUUGUAGAAAAUAACUUCAGGCUGCUUUGGCUGUUGGCCUCAGAUUUUUCUGUGAUAAUAAAAAGCAUUCCAAUUAAACCCAUAAAAAUAUCUUUGAUAUAAGUUAAAUAAAAUUGACUUGCAUUGUCUCCCUAUGCAAAUCUACAGAAAUAUGCAACAACAGUACUUAACUAUUAAAGUUGGACUGAAAUUAAAAUUCAUUUUUUUUCUAAGGAAUCAGUAAAUAUCUUCUUUGUGUUUGUUUUGACUUUUGACUUACAUAGUCAAAACUGUACGCAACAAGAAGAAGAAAUUAAAGUUUUAUUAACUUUUCUAGUGGUAAUUAGUGUUCUGCAGGGGGCGUGAAUUUGUGGACACUGAUGAUGUCGGUACUAGAAUUUGAUUGGUGCAAUAUCUGUGUGGGCGGGAACUAAAAAUAAUUAAAUAUCGCUUGAGUUCCAACAGCCACACGUGCAGUUAAAGGAUAGGUUCACAAUUUAGUCUGUCCUCAAACAACUCAUACAGAACAAGGACUGUAGAUUUUGUCCAUCACUUACAUUGGAAGGGCAUUAGGAAGUGAUCUCUUAAUGGCCAGUCUGAACAGGAGGAAUGCAAUAAACAAAAAAUGGUUCGGUGUUCAAAUGGGCAUCUAGAGGAUAUUGUUCGAAGACGGAGUUGAUAAAUUGUGAACCUAUCCUUUAAUCGGCUGGGGGGCUAUGCUGUGAGCCUUUGCUUUUUGCUGUUAGCACUCCCUACAUUACUCUCUGACUCGUUAGUUUAUUAAAAUUACAGCAUAACCUAUGUAGCGUUGAGGUCACACAUACCUGUUGCUGUGAGUUUUGACAGUCUGGUCAUUUGCCAUCCUUUAUAUAAUGCAGGAAGUAAUGUUACCAUUUUGCUAGCUUCCACUCUCCGAGUGAAACAGACAAUGGGUCCUUCCAAAUGUUAUAUAUUGUACAGGGACAGAUAGUUUUAAAUUGCUAACAGUAACGUUACUUGUCGAAAAAGGGGAUAAACUCGUUGUAUCAACGUCUGUUGGUCUAUGACGUUCUCCAGUCAGUAGCGCGUCUCCUAGCAACACCUGCUCACAGUUGUCUGUCAACCGCUGCCAUUGCCCACACAGACGCUGUGAACACACAAAUAUCCAAAAACAGUUUUACCUUCUUUUGAAAAAAAAUAGUCACUAUUGUUUAUGCUUCCUUACUCAAAAAGUGAAAAGAAUUUCAGUUCGACUAAAAGCUUUUUAAAAAUUAAAGGGUGGCCUUCCGAUCUUUGAGGUACUGCACAUUGUUUUGUAUUACUUCAGUACAUCAGUGAAACUUGGUUUUCUGAUUGUUGCAUCGUUCUGUGAACCAAAACCUGACUAACUUGGUCACUGCACCUUAAUGGGUUUUACACACUAUGCAGCUUUCCUUUGUUUGUGUUUCCAUGUCUGUCAAGUUAAAGAUAGCUGAAUGUUCACAUGACUUUAUGUAGGUAUGACUGCUGUUAAACAUCACUGAACCUUAAAACCUGUGAUUUUUUAAUUUUAUUUCCUCUGCAUUUAAAGCCUUACACUAAUCUAUAAUCUGUCUGUGAUUGUUGACUAAACUUCAGUAAAUGGAAAAUGUGAAUAAGACUGUACUUCCUUUUUAUAUACAAAUGAAAAAUAGCUCAAUAUAUGUAGUGAAGUUGUUCUGACAAAUAAAGUUGAGAGAUUUCCA